AUGCAAAUAAAGGAUCAAACUACGAAAGAAGAAAAACCUAAAACGACAGAAACUUCAGAAAAAGAAAUUGAUGAUAUCACGAAUCAAUUUCAAUCUCAAACAAUUCAAUCACCAAAUGAACCAAUUUUACUUAUGUCAAAACCUCGAAUGAAGAACAAUAAUGUGAAAUUAGAGGAAAAAAUCGAUCCAAAUUCAAUUCGUUUGGUUCUAUCAGAUAUGACAUCUCAUGAAAUGUGGUUUAAAGUCUCAAGAACUUCAAAAAUGUCAAGUGUAAUGGAGCGUUAUUGCCAAGAACGUAAGAUAUUAUUGAGCAAGCAUAGGUUUUUAGUUGAUGGUGCUCGGGUACAAGUUUUUGACACUCCUGAAUCACUUGAAUUGGAGGAUGGUGAUAUGGUUCAAGUUCAUUAUGGACAAUUAGGUGGAAGAAAUUCUUGUGGUUGUAUCGAAUAUUUUGGAUAA